AAGACCGUCACUAAACUCGACAUCCUCUCCCGCUCAGCAAAACACGAAAUCAAGAGGCCAAGAUGUAUUACUUCAACUCCAUAACAGACGUUUCCACCUUCGCGGCCCAGUACCCCCUCCACCGUCGAGGAUCUUAACAAGGUCGAGACCAUCCCGGCGGGCAGCCAAUGGUCGACCAACCAGCUCUUCGCAGCGCGUGUCGUGGUACGAACUGCCCGGUCAGAUCACAGGGAGGGCCACCUCCUGCCCAAUCUCCGAGACAGAUUCUACGAUGGGAUUGUCGCCGCCCGCAAGCAGCCGCAACUUCGGGCUCUGCUGGAACCUAGGCCCCCGCGAGGUAUUGGCUCAGCAUCGGACGCUUACGGAAACAGAGUUGGUACACCGGUACGGGGCGAGCCUCGGGUCUUUUUGGGCCGCCUUGGCGCAGUUUGGAGAUGGAGACGGAUGUAGCGGGGACAGUAGGGACGAUGAGAGUGAGAGCAAUGAGAUUGGCUACGAGAGCGGCGUGGGCAGCGACGGGGGCGAAGUGGAUGCCAUGAACGUAGACACCGCGGAUGCUGGGGAGGGCGAAAAACGCGCGUACAGUUCCGGGUCCGAGGCAGCAAACGCAGCAUCCAACUCCCGUCCGCGACCGAAGCGAACCCGGACCCAACCCCACCGCCCCGAGUUCGUGGACAGCCAGACCGUGCAGGCGCAGUCGAGUUCACCCUCGAAACCCUCGGGGCAGGGGUCAUCCCAAAACUCCAGCACCGCUUACGUCGCCGACGUCCACACCUCGGCGGCCAUGCCGGAACUCGCCACCAUCCAGAUUGCGGCCUCCUUCCUCCGACACGUAACCCAAAACUGCCCGCCCUAGGACGACACGCAACACCACCGGCCAGAGCGGCUAGUCGAGUUCUCCGGCAUCGCCCGCGAGCUGACCGGGAGCACCGCCAGGGGGGAGCUCAUCCGCGCCACGGCGGACGGACAACUCGUGUCGUACACACUCUCGGAUGCAAACGACGACGGCGGGGGGUGGUACGGGCGCACCGCACACUGCCCGGCCCUCGUCGAAGGGAAGAAACGCUUCACCGUCCUGGAGGACGGCGUGCCCGUGUUGACGGACGAGGUCCUGGGCCAGAUGACGUGCGAGGCGCUG